AUGGGGACCACUGAAGCCACGCUGCGAAUGGAGAACGUGGACGUGAAAGAAGAGUGGCAGGAUGAGGAUUUCCCCAGGCCUCUCCCUGAAGAGGCAGGGAUGGUGUCCUUGGGGAGCCCGACUGAAAACACGUUGUCUCCUCCAAACACAUUAAAUUUUAGUGACGGGGCUCAUCACAAGCGAAAGACACUCGUCGCUCCAGAAAUUAACAUCUCCUUGGACCAGAGUGAAGGAUCCCUCUUAUCUGAUGAUUUCCUGGACACGCCGGACGACCUGGACAUCAAUGUGGAUGACAUUGAAACCCCAGAUGAGACAGAUUCCCUUGAGUUCCUGGGGAAUGGAAAUGAGCUGGAAUGGGAAGAUGAUACCCCUGUGGCUACAGCCAAAAACAUGCCUGGCGACAGUGCAGACUUGUUCGGGGACGGAGCCACGGGAGACGGCAGUGCCACAAAUGGCCGCCUAUGGAGGACUGUCAUCAUUGGGGAACAGGAGCACCGCAUUGACCUGCAAAUGAUCAAGCCGUACAUGAAAGUGGUAACGCACGGAGGUUAUUACGGAGAGGGGCUCAAUGCCAUCAUCGUCUUUGCCGCCUGCUACCUCCCAGAUAGCGGCCUGUCGGAUUACCAUUACAUCAUGGAAAAUCUCUUCCUGUAUGUGAUAAGCAGUUUGGAGCUGCUGGUAGCAGAGGAUUAUAUGAUUGUAUACAUGAAUGGAGCCACCCCACGCCGAAGAAUGCCUGGGAUUGGCUGGUUGAAAAAGUGCUACCAAAUGAUAGACAGAAGGUUACGGAAAAACCUGAAAGCGCUGAUCAUAGUUCACCCAUCGUGGUUCAUUCGGACGGUGCUGGCUAUAUCCAGGCCAUUCAUCAGUGUGAAGUUUAUAAAUAAAAUCCAGUACGUGCACACCUUGGAGGAACUAGCACGUAUCAUCCCCAUGGAGCAUGUCCAGAUUCCAGACUGCAUCCUACAGUUCGAGGAAGAGCGGAACAGAGCAAGAAAAGAAAGGGCAGAAGAGAAACAGGACGCAGGUGAGAGACAGAGGCCUGCAUUGCCGGCAGAUGAUCAAGAAACAAGCAUGUCGUGAAUCCAUGCAAGGACAUAUCGAUCUAAAGAACAACCCAGAAUGAUGUAUUACCCAUUGUAAAAUGACCUUCCCGGUGUAAAGACCACACAAUCACCUCAUCCUCAGUCCCAUCCAGCCAAGAGGCCAGCCUCUCCAUCUUUCAAGACGCAAAGUGGCCUAAAAGAUUUUCCGUCACACACAACAGAUCCAGUGAACAAACAGCACUUUGAGGCAAUGACUCUGAGUAGCAACUCCACUGUGGAGAGAUAUUCUGUGGCGCAAAUUUCAAUGAUGUUGGGAUAUCGUGGCAUGGAGCCCGAAAGGGAGAACUCAAGUUUUGACAUUGCAAGCCUCUUCCCUUUGAUUGCUGCAGGCCAGCAUAG